AUGAAGCUCGUCAGGUUCUUAAUGAAGCUGGCAAAUGAGACGGUCACAAUUGAACUUAAAAACGGAACGAUUGUGCAUGGUACUAUCACUGGCGUGGACAUUAGCAUGAAUACACAUUUAAAGGCGGUUAAGAUGACCGUGAAGGGCAAGAAUCCUGUGAAUUUGGACUCAUUGAGUAUCCGUGGCAACAAUAUUCGCUACUAUAUACUGCCGGACUCGCUGAAUCUUGACACUCUGCUGAUCGAUGACACCCCACGUGAGAAGAUUCUCAGCACUAAAUUUGACGACUCUGGAUAG